AUGCUAGUGAGAGAUGUAGUCCUGGCUACCUUCUCCCUGUCUCCGACUUGCAUUGGGUUCCUGGGAAAAUUAACGCUGUUCAUGGUGUAUGUCUGCAUCUUCAUUUCUCGGCCUCAGCAGAGGAAGUCCAAGGACCUUAUCCUAACACAACUGACAGUCAUCAACUCAGUGACACCUCUCACCCAGGGGGUCCCAGUGUUGAUGUUCUUCUUUGACAUGGAGAAUAGUCUCGGUAAUGCUGGGUGUCAGACCAUGACCUACACCAGGAGAGUGACUCGAGCUCUUACCAUUUGCUCCACAUGUCUCCUGAGCAUGUUCCACAUGGUUACCAUCAGUUCCAGCACCUCCUGCUUGGCCCGACUCAAAUACCGGGCCCCCAAGUGCAUCCUCCCUUCCUUCCUCUUCUUCUGGAUCCUCCACCUCUUCUUGUAUGCUAAUCUGAGGAAAACCAUUGUAGCCAACAAAAACAUUAAUCUCACAGUUAGUAAGUAUAAUCUAAAAUACUGUUCCAGUGUAUUCUGGAUGACUAAUUUAACUGGUGUUGCAUUUCUACGUGUUAUUACCUCCCGAGAUAUCUUCUUUGUGCUCCUCAUGACCCGGGCUAGUGUUUACAUGGUGAUUAUGUUGCAUCAAUAUUACAGGCAAGUCCAGCACAUCCAUAGCACCAGCCUCUCUCCUAGAUCCUCCGCAGAGAGCAGAGCCACCCAGACCAUCCUGCUUUUGGUCACCCGCUUUGUGUCCAUAUAUUGGAUCACCAGCAGCAUCACACUCUCUUUCAAUUUUGUGGAGGAAAACAUCAAGCUGAAUAAUACUGUAGCUUGCCUGGGUGCUUGUUACUCAUCUCUCUGUCCAUGGGUGCUGAUUGGCAGUGAUCCCCGGGUCCCCAAACCCCAGUGUUUCCUCAGGAAUGUUCAAGGUCCAUCCCCACCUCCGGCUCUCACUUAUGGACAACAGACCAGCUCCUCACCCUGUUCUCUGUCCACAGCCACAAGCCUUGUCACUCCCACCUUCCUGAUAUCAGAAAAACUGCAGUUCUCCUGA